CCGCAGACGCUGUGCGCGAGGCGCGCGGCGGAGCGCGGGCCCCUCGAGGUGGACUGGGUCGUAGACGCGCGCAAGCUGCGGAGCAACGACAGGACGGCGGUCUCGCCGCCCUUCGAGCUGCCGCUGUUCGGCGAGGCGCCAACGGCCUUCAAGCUGAUGCUCUGCGCGGUGUCCACGGACGAUGGCAGGGGCGGCAUCAGCUUCAAGAGGUCGUCGGGCAGGGGCAUCGUCCUCCUGAAGUGCGAGGGGGACGUCCCCGAGCGGGCCGCAGACGUGAGCUUCACGGUGUCCCUCGGAGGCCCGGGCGGGCCGCUGGAGGCCAGUCCCCGAGGCCCGUUCGUGCACAACUUCGCGAGGUGUGCCGUCGGCGGCCUUCCAAGGGCCAGGCAGAGUGGGAAUUCGGCCUCGCCGUCGACGAGGCCUCGCUGA